AUGCAAAGUUUUGCGCUCUGCUGUUCUAUUCUUGGGGGAUUCAUUCUUAGCUUCGGUCUUAUCUCACUGUUUAUUAAAGAAAGACUGUACAUUGCAGAAACAACAGUUGCUACACUAUAUGGUAUUAUUUGUGCUCUAAUUUGUAAAGACCAAAAGGACACUCUUCCUGUUGAAAGUUUGAAAAAUACUCAAUUUAUGUUUCAUUUCUCACAUAUUGUACUUUCCCUGCAGCUGGUGGCUGUUGGUGUGACUGUACCUAAGAUAUUUAUGAAGAAGAAUUGGAAACCACUCAUGGUCCUUCUUCUUCCUGUUAUGAUGAUAAUGUAUGCUGUCUCAAGUAUCAUUAUAAAAUACGUAUUUUCAAUGGACUGGCUGCCUGCAAUGAUGAUUGGUGCUUGUAUUACACCAACAGAUCCAGUCUUAGCAAGUGCUGUGAUUAAGGGGAAAUUCGCAAACAAAUAUAUUCCAUCUAGGCUUAGAUACCUUCUGGCUGUGGAAAGUGGAGCAAAUGAUGGAUUAGGGUUUCCACUGCUUGUCCUUCCAAUUCUUCUGAUGCAGUUCAAGGAUAGUACAGAGCCAGUUGCUGGUGCACUAAGGAAGUGGUGCAUUCAUACAUGGGGAUUUGAGAUUCUCUUUGCAAUUGUCAUAGGUGCAGUGAUUGGGGCAUUGGCUAGGAUACUUUUGAAGUACAGUGUGAAGAAGAUGCUAAUUGAUAAAGAGAGUUUCCUGGCUUAUUCUUUGGCUCUAGCAAUCCUUGUGACAGGAAUAACUGCCAAGAUGGAAAGUGAUGACCUUCUGGCUGUCUUUGUCUCUGGGUUGUUCUUUGCAUGGGACGAGGAGAUGGUCAUGGAUAUGAAGAAUUCUCAUGUCAUGGAGGUGGUUGACUUGUUGUUCAAUCAGUCCUUCUUUAUCGUCCUAGGGAUAAUUCUUCCAUUAGAUGUGCUUGGUUGGAAGAGUAUGCUGGCUUCAGUGCUUAUUCUUGUCUUUAGAAGGAUGCCUGCCCUAUUGCUUAUGCAGUUAUGUGGGUUCCUGCCAGAAUUCACUACACGUGAGAUUCUAUUUGCUGGUUGGUUUGGACCCAUUGGUGUUGGUGCUAUUUUCUUUGCGUACCACAGCAUGCAUGAGCUUAAUAGCAUUGAUAAAGAACUGGCAGAUUCUGUCUUGGAGAUUGUCCAGGCAAUUGUCUUUUCAAGUAUUGUAGUCCAUGGGACAACUGCCCCAAUCAUUCACAUGCACCUUAGGAGAAAGCAAAAGAAGCACAAAAAAACUGUUAUAAAUAUAUAUGAGUCAGAUACGGAGAUUGAAAGAGACAAUGAGAAUGCACAACUGCAAGAGAUUAUUUAA